CCGGCCCCCCUCGCCCCCCGCCAUGCUGAGUGUGCUGCUGCUCCUGGGGGGCCUGGCCCCCGCCCUGCCCGCUGCAGGUCCCCACUGGACGUACGAGGGUCCCCACGGGCAGCAGCACUGGCACGAGGGACACCCGGAGUGCGGGGGCCGGGCGCAGUCACCCAUCGACAUCGCGACAGCGCGGGCACAGCCGGACCCGUCCCUGCCGCCGCUGCGGCCCGAGGGCUACGAGCACCCCGAGAGCCCCGAGCUGACCCUCGCCAACAACGGCCACACCGCCGUGCUGGCGCUGCCGCCGUCGCUGCGGCUCCGGGGGCUGCCCCGCGCCUUCGCCGCCGUUCAGCUCCACUUCCACUGGGGCCGGCCCGGGCACGCCGCUGGAGCCGAGCACCUGCUGGACGGGCACCGUGCCCCCGCCGAGAUGCACGUGGUGCACUUUGACACCGAGCGUUUCGCCGAUGCCAGCGCAGCGCAGCAGCACCCGGGCGGGCUGGCCGUGCUCGGCGUCCUCCUGGAGGUGGGAGAUGAACCCCACCCCGCCUAUGACAACAUCCUGAGGCAUCUCGGCAACAUCCGCUACGCAGGGCAGACCGUGGCCAUCCCCUCCUUCAGCAUCCGGGACCUGCUGCCCGCGCAGCUGGAGCGCUACUACCGCUACAACGGCUCCCUGACCACCCCGCCCUGCUUCCAGAGCGUCCUCUGGACCCUCUUCCCGCAGCCCGUCCGCAUCAGCCGCGCCCAGCUGGAGCAGCUCCAGGGAAGCCUUUACUCCACGGAGGAGGGCGAGCAGGAGCAGCCCCAGCUGCUGGUGGACAAUUUCCGAGCCCCGCAGGAGCUGAACCAGCGCCCGGUGCUCUCGUCCUUCCCCAGGGAGCCAGAGGGAUACUCCACAGGUGAGGUCAUCGCCAUCGUCUUCGGCGCUGUCGCCGGCUGCGUCGGCCUCUUCCUCGCCGUCCACUUUGGGGCCAAGAGGAUGCGCGCGAGGAGGGCGCAGGCACAGGACGUGGUGUUCAAGGCUUCCUCCCGCCGCUAGCCCAUGGAC